CGAAUAACACGGUCCCCAUCGAGAUGUAAGCCGCGAUUUUCUGCGAUUGACGCCGCCCCGCCGCCUCGCCGCCUCGCCGCCCCGCCGCCGCCGUCGAGUGCCCUAGCCGCCAAGAACUCCGACGCCGCGAGUCCGAUUCCGGCGAGGCGUCGGACGAAUCCGAUCUCCCCGAUCGCGGCGGGAGCCGCCGAUGGCGUACUUGCUGAACGCUCUCACGAAGAAGCGGGAGGUGGAUGCCGCCAUCCGGGACACCAUCGACAAGGUCCUCGUCCUCCGCUUCGGCCGCGCCUCCGACGCCGUCUGCCUCCAGCUCGACGACAUCCUCGGGAAAUCGGCGAGGGAGGUGUCCAAGUUCGCGGCGGUCGCGCUCGUGGACGUCGAUUCGGAGGACGCGCAGGUCUACGUCAAGUACUUCGACAUUACUCUGAUUCCGUCCACCGUGUUCUUCUUCAACGCCCAUCAUAUGAAGAUGGAUUCCGGUACUGCAGAUCAUACUAAAUGGGUUGGUGCGUUUCACAGAAAACAAGACUUCAUUGAUGUCGUAGAGGCUAUUUACAGGGGUGCCAUGAAGGGCAAGCUAAUUGUGAACUGUCCCCUUCCGCCAGAGAGAAUACCCCGAUACCAGCUGCUGUACAAAGACAUAUAAACAGCACAUUUCAUCGCUGUCCUUUUCUCAUGUUGUAUAUAUGUAGGUCGCACAUCCCACCUACGUUAUUGGUUUAUAAAUUGCAACUAAAUUCACUAUAUCUUGAUUGUCUCA